UGUUUGUGUCAAUGAUUCACAGGGCAGCAAACGAAAUAUCAGCAUAAACUGCAAUUUCAAAAAAUAUUCCCAUCGGUUCAAAAGAAUUUAACACCAAACUUGGCGCACACAAUUUUAAGUUGCCACCAACUGUGAUAAAACAAGCAUCCGCAACUCUGAACAGAGCUGCUAACCUUGUAGAGGAUGAGGGCCUCUAUACCAAUAUUUUCUUCGAUCUGCUGCUAUUUCCUGUUUCUACAUGGAUGCCACAGUGAACAUGUUCUUAGUAGGAAUGCACGUGAGCUACCAGGUGGAACUGAACAUGAUUAUUCACCAGGGAAGACAGCUGCUAAGACAGAUAACAUUGUCCAAACGACUUCACCGAGUGCUACUCCGUCCAGUACAACUAAAUGUCCCAAUCUAGAUUCAAAUGAUCUCGCAAACAACGGCCAUAGAAUUAUGAAAAGGAACAACAUGCAGCGGUCUAGUUUUGAGGCUUCACAUGAAAAACGUAGAGUUAUCAAAAGAACUGCAAAUAGCUGUGUUGUUGCCCAAAGAUCGCGUCAUGAGUUAUCUACCAGACGUACCGACAACAAUGGGAGAAACACAAUGCGCACUUCAACGUCUAGAACAUUCAGCCGAGAAAAUAUUAGAAACAACAGAAUAAGUAACCGAAGACAAAACUCCGGGGCAACUUUAGAAACACGACGUUCCGCAGCUGAAAAUGUGCAGAAACUGUCAUCAAGAAGGAGUAUUGAUUCUAGCAGGUCAUUGCAAGAAAACACAAGACAACAAACAUAUAACACCCGCCGAAACUCACUAACACGCGAUGUUUCUAGAACACGAAGAUCAAGAGCUGUUGACAACAUCAGUAGAACUCAAGAAAUCCGCAAAGAAAUCUCAAAUACAAGACAACAAGCAGAUAACACUCGCCGAAAUUCACUGACACGUGACCGUUCUGUAGUUCCCAGUACACGAAGAUCUAGAGAUGUUGAUAGCAGCCAGAAAAUACGAGAAGUUCGUAAUGUGGUAUCAGAUACGAGACGACAUGCAGAUGACACUCGCCGAAAUUCACUGACAGUAAGUUCGAGAAGACAAAGAUCCAGAUCUGUUGACGCUAGAAGGAGAGUACAGGAUACUGGCAAAGAGAACUCAGAUAUAAUACGAAAGCCUGAUAACACGCGCAGGGAUUCUCUUACACGCGAAUCUUCAAGGGAUUCUCGAAUUCAAAGAUCAAGAUCUGUUGAUACUACCAGAAUGAGAACACAGGAAAUUCGUAAAGAAGUAUCGAAUGCAAGACGGCAAACCGAUAACACGCGUAGAAACACUCUCAGGCGUGACUCUUCGGUAGUUUCUAGAACUGAACGCUCCAGAUCUGUUGACGCUACAAGAAGAAUGCGCGACGUUAAGAGAGAAGUAUCAAAAACAAGGCAGGAAAUGGAUAGCACUCGCCGAAACAUUCUUACUCGUGAUACUCCAGACGCUUUUAGAAAUCAAAGGUCCAGAUCUCUUGGUUCCAGCAGGAGGACACAAGAUAUUCGUAAAGAGAUACCAAAUACCAGACGACAAGCAAACGACGUUUACCGAGUUUCCCAGACCCGCGACACUUCAGCUGUUUUCAGAACACGAAGGUCAAGAUCGGUUGUGUCCAGUCGGAGAAUUCAAGAUGUUCGCAAAGACACAGACGCAAAACAACAAGGAGAUAAUUCACGCAGAAACUCACUAGUUCAUCAUUCUUUAGUUGAUUCUAGAACUCAAAGGUCAAGGUCGGUUGAUUCUGUCAGAAGAACGCGGGAAUUAAGUAAAGAACUUUCGAACACAAGACGACAAACAUAUGACACUCGCCGGAAUUCAUUAACACGUGAGCCCUUAGUAGUCUCUAGAACUCGAAGAGCUAGAAGUACUGAUUCCAGUCGGACAACACAAGACAUUCGCAAUGAAAUAUCGAACACAAGACGACAAACAGACAACAGGCGACGAAAUUCACUGAUGCGUGAUCCUUCGGUAGAUUCCAGAAAACGAACAUCUAGGGAUACUGAAGUUAGCAGAAGAAGACGAGAAAUUAGUCAAGAAAUAUUAAAUACAAGACGACAAGUAGACGAAACUAGACGAAAUUCACUUAGUCGUGGCGCUCCAUUAGUUUCUAGAACUGAAAGGUCCAGAUCUGUUGAUUCUAACAGAAGAUCGAGGGAAAUCGUUAAUGAAAUGACAAGAACAAGACGACAGACAGACAAUAUUCGCAGAAACACUCUUACACGUGACAACUCAGACGUUUCUAGAUCUCGAAGAUCCCGAUCUCUUGAUUCCAGCUUGGUUCAAAAUAUUCGCACUGGGAUAUCAAAUACGAGACGACAAAUAGACAACAGUAGAAGACUUGCUGUAAGACAAGAUACUUCAGUAGUUGCUAGAGUUCAAAGGUCCAGAUCUGUUGAUUCCAGCCGAAGAAUACAGGAAACUCGCAGAGUGAUGGCAAGUACAAGGCGAGAUGUAGAUAACACACGUAGGGAUUCUCUUUCAGAUGACACUUCGCUCGUUCGCAGCGUUAGGAAGUUCAGAUCCGCAAUAUCAGAAACGCGCGAUGGAUCUUCCAAUACUAGGCGUGUAAUAGAUUCCACACAACGAAACUCGGCUGUUCGUGAUAAAAAAGAAUAUAUGUCUCGUUUAAGUGAUUCUGAAAGAAUGAGACACAGUAAUCGCCGGAAUGUGCACACUCGAGAAUCUCGAAACGAUAAUGAAAACUGGAGAUCCAUUCCAAUUAAUUCCCACAAAAGAUUAAGUCAAGCAAGAGUACCUGGAAAUGUUCGUGAGGAAAUGAGCAAUACAAGGCGACACAUAGACAGUGGCCGUCGAAACGUCUUACUUCGUGAAUCUGGAGAUGUUUCUAGAAACAAAAAGUCCAGAUCUGUUGAUUUCAACAGAAAAUCAUGGCAAGAAAGGAUAAAGUUUGAGGUUCGAUACGUUAAAUCAAAUACCAGACGACGGGUAGAUGACAUGCAUCAACCUUCCGUGGUAGGUGGAAAAUCCAGGUCUACUGAAUCUAACAGAAGGCAAGUUCGUACAGAAAUAUCUAAUAGACGUCAAAUAGACAACACACGUCGAAACAGUGCGGUUUAUGAAUCUCGUGAUGUUUAUAGAAGACAGACAUCUAGAUCCGUUGAUUCUAACGUCAUGUUACAUCACACAAGACGGAUACGAGACGUUCGUGAAGAUACUGGCAAUACCAUGCGUGAGAUGCGACGUACCAUUCGAGAUAAUUUGUCUUAUGACCUCCCAAAAGCUUAUAGGAACCAAAGAGCUAUGUACAGGACACGUCAACAAAUUCGCGAGAAAAUAUCAGACACACGUCAUCAAAUUCAUAAUAUUCGUCAAAAUGCUAGAAGUGCUCCUCACUUCCAGCGAUCAAGAUUGAGUGAUUUUAACAGUUUCAGAAUUGCAAGAACUGUUAGCAACCAGGAAGUUAAAAUAUUUGGAAACUCGAAACAAUUUUUAGUUUCUUCCUAUCAAAACUUACAGUUUGAUAUAUCUUUCUUCCUGUCAAGAAACUUUGGAGCUAUUGUUGUUAUAAAUCUAGAAAACAAACCAUCAUUUGUAACACAAUCUUCAAACAAUUCUCUAUCUAACUUGUUGCCUUCAUUAACACCACCGAACCAAAAGGCUGAAUGGAGCACUGCGAUAUCACUUGGAGUCCCAGUUGGCCUGCAAAUGACAGAUAACGAAUAUUCUCGGCUGACGUUGCCAUCAUCUUUCGUCCUGUCUAGUGACAGAACAACACAGAAAUAUAUAGGAAAUAAUGGCAUUAAUGAGGAUUCAACUUUAUUAAUGAAAAACAAUGUAAAGCAAUCUAAACUGGAAACAAGUACAAGUGAAAUCCUUUCAAAAUCUGAAGCUGAUACCAACCUAUUUGAUAUACCCAGUAUCUCAACUCUACAGACUCAAAUAUCUCCUAAAGCUGCUGAAGAAUCUUCAAAUGAUCAAACUUUCAGAAAGUAUUUCUCAGACAUCUUGGUAAAUAUAACAAACAGUUUCAAAUGGCGCAAGGAAAUGCCUAGAACCAUUUUGAUCAGUAUGUUGGCACUAAUAGGAAUGAGAAGCAACAAAAACAUCAACAAACCACUCAACAGACAAUUAACUUCGAUUAUGCCAUCCAUCUUCUAAAAGAUGUGCUGACUUGUAAAUCAAAUGAACUGAAGACUACUAGACCAACUGACAUUGAUCCCAAAGGAAAUUGAACAUUUACUUAAUAAUCUACCAAUCUAGAUGAACUGCUUUUUGAAAUCAAAUACCUAAAAUGGCUAUAUUUAUUCUUUAAUAAAUGCUUUAACUACUUUAUAGUGCUAACAUCCAACAAUGGCGCACCAAAAUAUCUUGAGAGAUACUCUUGCAAUAUAUGUACAUGCAUGAGUAUAACAUAUAAAAACCGAAAGAUAAAGAAAUAAAACCAUAUAUAUUUGCUUAUAUAAAACAUAUUCACAUACUCACACAUGUAACAUGCAUAUUAUAAAUGCACACACAUGUAUGUAUAUACAUAUUUGAAGAAACAUAUAUAUAAUGUAUGUGCUUCUUCACUUAUGUAUAUAUGCAUAUGCAACAUACACAUACAGUACAAUGUCAUCCAUUUAUAUGGUAACUAGAGAGUACAAAAUACAAACACACAUCAAACAUACAUGCAUGCUUUGUUAUUCAAGGUAUUAAAGAAUAUAUAUAUGUGUGUGUAUAUAUAUAUAUAUAUAUAUAUAUAUACACACCAAUUAAAUCAUAUUUUCAACAUUUUCUUGUUGCUGCAUUGUUGUAAGAAUUUGUGACUGAGGAAAAAAAAUAAAAACAUACAUUAUAUAUAUAUACAUAUAUAUAUAAGGAAAUAAAAUUAUUAUUUGAAUAAAAA